GUACUGUGUAAAAGUAUAGGACAAGAAACGGUCAAGAAAUGCUUUUUCUGUCGAAAUUUCCUGUGCGGUCCGCAGCUGACAAGAAAUUUAUACUGUUUUUCGAAUUUGCCAACAGAUGGCGGAUUACUGUUCUAAAAACAUUCAGCUGUCACUUUUCUUACGGAAUAAUAUGCUGAUCUAUUAUUCCGCAAGAAAAAUGACAUUUCGUAUUUUGAAACCGGCGUCGAAUGCAGUGUGACCUAGUGUGACCAAGUGAAAAAAAAAACGUUCUGUCCAAAAGUGUUCUGUGCUCGUGAUCUGAAAACCGUGUUUGUGUACAUUUUUAUUUGCGAUGGAGUACGCCGAUGUGGAAUUCUUGGAGCUAGGGGAGUUUAUCGAUUUGUCCCCACCGGACUUUGAUACGGAAGCCACAGAAGCUUCUCCUGAUGUUUCUCCUCCCGCGGCUGCCGGGAAACGCCAGAAGAAGAGAAGAAGGACGGAUUUCUUCUCUUCUGAGGAUAAGAAACAGCUGGCUGCAGCUGUGAAGGGUCGCCCAGAAAUCUGGGACCUUUCUAAUCGAGACCAUUACAACAAUGGUGCGAUCGAUCGGGCCUGGAGGGAGAUUGCGAAGCAGCUCAACCGAACCUGCGACAUGUGCAAAACGGCGUGGAUCUCACUUCGCGAGAGCCAUCGGUACAGGAAGAAAAUUGUCCAGAAGAAAUCCGGUAGCGAAGGGGGAGAGCCACUUCCAGGCCGAUGUUUGAAUUUACGUACUGUUUCAGCACGUUUCUAAUAUAUUUGCCGUAGUCCGAAGGCCUGCCUGCA